AUAUUCCGGUUGAUAAAUAUUAUAUUAUGGCAACAUGACUAAUGAACCUUAUGUACUAAGGCACUAAGCCUAUACUACAAUUAUUACAAUAAUAGAUUAAUUGCUAUCGAGUUUUCAGUUGGAGAAUUUCUUCUGCUUGGGUUCACCAUUGUCAGUGUUUUUGGCAUUACGUCAAAAUGAAAUAUUCAAAGAAAACUUAAACUUGUUCCCAAUGUGGUUGGCCAAAAAAGUAUAUAAUAUUUACCAUCCUACAGAUCCUGUUGCUUACAGGUUUGAACCAUUAGUUGCAAAAGAUUAUUGUCGCUAUAAACCUGUUGGUAUUCAGGCCCAUGGUAUCAAAUGUGAUUACUCUGAAGUUCCUUUAGAACUAAUUGGAAACAUAGAUACUAGCUUUGAAGAGACUAAUGGAACUGAAGCUAAAGCCCCAGAUGUAAAAAAAGAAAAUGAAACGUUCAUUCGUAGAAUAAGUACUUGGCUUAAUAUGUCAAGCAGCAAUGAUAGUAAAGCCAAUAGUUCAAAUCAGUUUGAAGUUAAUACCUGUCCACUAUCAAGAAAUAGUACUCCAGUUGAAAAUUUGAAUCACCGGUUAGAUUAUAUAUUGAGAGAUAGUAUCGGAGGAUCGGCCAGUAAUUAUUUGUCAAUGUUGUAUACACAUACGUCAUAUUGGUCAAACUACGACGUAGCAUAUUUCAUUUACACUAGGUAUCCCCGAACUAGAUAAGACAAUGGAAGAUUUCUAAAACC